CAAUGUUGGGCUCCGUGAUUUUGCUGUGGUUGUGCACCUGCCUUCUGUUUUUGUUGGUCAGGACCCGAAGACCCAAAAACUUCCCCCCUGGACCUCGACCACUCCCACUGUUUGGGAAUCUGCUUCAACUCAGCAUCGCCAACCCGAUGAAAGAUCUUGAGGAGCUGUCGAAACGCUAUGGGAACAUUUACAGUCUGUAUAUGGGGAGCAAGGCUGCAGUGGUUCUCAAUGGUUUUGAGGCCAUGAAAGAAGCACUUGUGACUAAAGCUGUGGAUUUCGCCGGACGACCCAAAGAUCUCAUGGUGAACCAUGUAACAGAGGGGAAAGGCGUCAUACUGACUGACUAUGGUCCAAGUUGGAGAGAACACAGGCGUUUUGCCCUCAUGACACUGAGAAACUUUGGCCUUGGGAAGCAGUCAAUGGAGGAGAGGAUUCUGGGAGAGGUGUCCUACAUCAUUGCACGCUUGGAGAAAAGUGCUGGGAAGCCAAUGGAUCCUCAGACGCUGUUCCAUGAUGCUGCAUCCAAUAUUAUCUGCACCGUUCUGUUUGGAAAACGAUACGACUAUGAGGACAAGUUCCUAAAACGCUUUAUUAAACUGUACACAGAGAAUGCAAAGAUAGCCAAUGGACCCUGGGCCAUGAUAUAUGACACACUUCCCAUGGUCAGAAGUCUCCCCCUACCCUUCAAGAAGGCCUUCACCAAUUCUGCAAUAGUGAAAAAGAUGUCAAGAGACUUGGUCAGUGAGCAUAAGAAAACAAGGAUCCCAGGGGAGCCCAGAGACUUCAUUGACUGCUAUUUGGAUGAGCUUGACAAGGUGUGUACAUGUAUAGGAGACGAUGGAUCCUCUUUCAGCGAAGACCAGCUCGUAAUGUAUGUUUUGGACCUGCACUUUGCCGGAACUGACACCACUUCUAAUACCCUUCUCACAGCUUUCCUGUACCUCAGCACACACUCAGACAUUCAGGAGCGGUGUCAACGAGAGAUAGAUGAGGUUCUGCAAGGGAAAGAUCAGGUCUCAUUUGAGGACAGACACAAGAUGCCGUACACACAGGCCAUGAUCUACGAGUCUCAGCGCAUUGCUAACACUGUCCCCCUGAGUGUGUUUCACUGCACCACCAAAGACACAGAGCUGAUGGGUUACAGUAUUCCUAAGGGUACUCUCAUUAUCCCUAAUCUUAGCUCUGUGCUCUACGAGGAGAGCCAGUGGAAAUUUCCCCAUGAAUUUAAUCCGGAAAACUUUCUGAAUGAUCAGGGCCAGUUUGAGAAGCCUGAGGCCUUCAUGCCCUUCUCAGCUGGCCCUCGUAUGUGUCUCGGUGAGGGCCUGGCUCGGAUGGAGCUCUUCCUGAUUUUGGUCACGUUGCUGAGGCGUUUCCAGUUUGUCUGGCCUGAGGAUGGAGGAGAACCAGACUAUACCCCUGUGUGGGGUGUCACACUCACACCCAAACCAUACAGAAUGGUUGUCCGACACAGACUUAAGUCAUCAGACUGAGGUUUAAUGUAACCACUGCCUUCUCCUACACCCACAAUGACAGCUUCUUGCUGAAGAUCAUUAUUUGCUUUGGCGAACAGUGAAAAUGAAAAAACAGACAAGGAUUUGUAUCUUGUUGGGAUGUUAUAAUUAGUCAUAUAGCAAUUUAAACAAUAUAAAAGUAAACAUGGGGCAAAACAUGUCACAACUGUACUAUUGUACACAAUUAUAAUAACCAAAAACACUCUUAAUAAGCAAAAACUCACCAGUAGUAAUUACUGGAGAGUGCAUAGCCUUUUUCCGAUAAAGGGUUGAUGAGUAAGCCAUGAGAGAUUGGGUGGGAGAUAAGAGUUGUGUGAGAUGUGAGAACAGCUGUGUGCUCGAGGGAAUCUGGGAACAUGUUGUCACAGAAAUACCAGGUGCCUGGAUAAGGCAGAACAGAGGCUGUACUGGGUAGUGCCAGGGUAGAUGGGCAGACCAGAGCCUGAAGAUGGGAAGGUGUGGUUCACCUCACUUUAGGUCAGAGUAUUGCAUUUAAAUAACACUGAAUAUGCUGUGUGCUCUAAAUAUGGACUUGAGUUGAAUGCAGACAGUGAGUGGAGGGGGUAGGAGGACCUGUUUGAAUUCUGGGAGAGCUGACACAAAGCCAUGUUCUGGACAGUUUUCAAAAGGUCUGAUGACAUUUUAUGUUAUCUCAUUUUUUUGUCAUCAGUUGUAUGAUUGGAAUAAAAUCUAUUAAAAUUGCUCUUCAGGUCA